AUGAGCAGCCCCUACCGCGGCCCAUAUGCGAAUCCGACAAAUUCCUCGUCUCCCUAUCUGUAUCCCCCGCAGGCAUCCACUACCUUCUCAACACCCAACCUAAACCCGGCAUCGAGCACGGCCCAGCUCGUGGGCAAGUCCCCGGCUCUCGCAUCAGCCCGCUCUCUGGCUCGCACACCGAGCCCCACCCCGUCUGAAGCAGCAGAACUCGCGCGAGAAGGCGCACUCGACUGGAAGCGGCUCCGCAACUGGCGCUUCUGGAUUAGGCGCGAGUGGCUCUGGUACUAUAUUCUGACAGCAGUCAUCGUCGCCGUCGUCGCACUCGUCACGAUCUUCCAUACUCAGAUUGUCGACUACCUCAAGCCGGCGGCUACCUUCCUCAAAGACUUGCCUGCGGGAUGGCUUAUCCCAAUCGGCAUCCUAUUCGUCAUAUCCUUCCCCCCGCUAUUCGGACACGAGAUUAUCGCGGUGCUCUGUGGUAUCGUUUGGGGACUCGGGCUUGGCUUCGCCAUCGUCUGUGCGGGAACCUUCAUUGGCGAAAUCGGGAACUUCUAUGCGUUUAGGUGGUGCUGUAGGGCCAGGGGCGAGAAGUUGGAGAGGACGAACAUCACGUAUGGUGUCCUGGCGCGGGUGGUGAGGGAGGGAGGAUUCAAGAUUGCGCUCGUCGCGCGUCUAUCGGCUAUUCCGGGCCACUUCACUACCGCGGUCUUCUCAAGUUGUGGCAUGGGCAUAUUCGUAUUCUCGCUUGCCGCCCUACUUUCGCUGCCCAAACAAUUCGUCACAGUCUACCUCGGUGUUCUCAUCGACACCUCGGACUCGGAAACAACUGCUCAGCGUCUGGCUUCCUAUGCCGUUGUAGGCGUAACAGUCGCCAUCACGGCGUUGGCGAUGUGGUACAUCUACCGCGAGAUGAACAGGGUCAAGCCCGCGUACAUCUACGACCGGAGAAAGGCUCGAGGAGAGAAACUCGCGAUGGAUCCUGGCGCUACGCCGUACUCUGGUGGACUCGGAGGUGCAUCGCCAUAUGUUGCGGAGCCGGGUAUGAGCGCUGUGAACGUAUCACUGCACGCGCCGGACAACGGCGCGUAUUCUCCUCGCGGCGAUGCUGGCACUCAGCAAUGGGACUCGUCGGGUCGUGCUAUCGGCAACGCGACGAACCCCGCAUUCAACAUUCAGCAACCUGCGCCACAGCAUGGGCGUGCACCGACAUUCAGGACAGAAGGUGGAGGAGGGUAUGACAGCAGUGGGAGGAGAUACGAAGAUGGCGAAGGCGGUGCCGUUUACCCUGUCUCUCCGCGCGCGGACGGCCGUAUGCCAGUCAGGCAGGCGAGCGACAGCGACGACAGCUUUGAAACUGCCCACGACGCUUCGCGCCAACCAUCCGAGGCCAACCCACAACCCAACCCAGGCUACACUCCCUCAUACCACACGCACGCGCCACACCAGCCUCCACCUCAACAACAGAGAAGUCCGUGGGAGCCCGUAUCCGUAUCCGGUCCAUUCCCCCGCGUCGACUUUGGCCCGCCGCCGGGAACACCGACACACCCAUACGGGCGUGCACCGCCUCCACAGCAACAGCAGUACCAAAUGCGGGAGAUGCAGCCUCAGAGGCAGCAAACAGGUAGCGCGCAGGGGUCGCCGUACGUCAGCCCUCAACAUACCGGCCCUGCGCCCGUCGUGCCGAGGAGUACAUCACCGCCGCCUAUACAGCCCGCAUACGCCCCUGCCGCGUACGGUGCUCCGCCCUCAAGCCCGGGUCCGGGAUCAUUGCCAUACCCCGGCACCCAACCACAACCCGCGCCUAUCUACACAGCCGGUGCACACCCUGUUUCCCCAACAUACACCGCCGGCGCGCAUCCCGUCUCUCCAGCGGCGUAUCAGCCGCCUGGCAGCCCCGCAUUACCGUACCCAGGACCCGGCACACCAACGCAAUACUCGCACAAUGCUGGGCCCGGUACGCCUACGCAGGGCCAGUUCGCCCAGCAGCAGCAGCAGGGGUACGGGCACAGUCCAUACCCGUCACAAAGCUCGGAGGGGUAUGGAGCAUACGGAUACGCGCAAUGA